UCCGGAGGUGGAGGUGGCGGUGGAGGUGGCGGUGGUGGAAGCGGAGGUGGAACCACCGAGACUUUGAGCGAUUCCUGCGGCGAGAGCGACAUGGAGGGCCUCGACCUUUCUCUCUUCGAGCCACAGGUCGACGUUGCUUCCUGGUGCGACUCGCGUAUUCACGCUGGCAUGCUUCAUAUUCUUCUACAUUAUUGCUCUGAGGCCGAUUGCUGUGCUGGAGAGUCCGCAGGCGAAGCAUGUUGGGAACCUUGUUAUUGCGUGCUCCUGCAGGACGAACAAACCCUCACGGCUUACAGGAGCGAGGACAUGGCACUGUUUGCCGGGACCGCCUGCAUGUUCAAGUCUCACAACAAGUUGGGGGAUGCAAUGUUUGUGGAACUACCACGAGUACGGUUGGACGGUGGAGCACGUGCCUUCCGACAACACUGGGGUUACGAAUCUCGACCUUUGGCUCCACCACCCCCGUUAAUAGAAGAGGACGAAGCAGCAGUCGAGCCAGAAACUGUCAGCCUUCGUGAAGCCAACACCGCGUCUCCGAUAGGUGAGUUGAAGUCACUCUCACUGCCGAGAGGAUAUCCUCCGGAAAUAAUUGUGAAGCAGGAUGAUCAAGGUGAGUCGAAAAGCAAAUCCUUACCGAGAGUCACUCGUGCCGAACGGUAUGAUCGUUAUGGCCGUGGUAAGUAA